CUGGCGAGCUGCGGCUUUCUCGAUCAUUGCCCCAAACACCAUCUUACAUUCUCGCUUCUUCUCUUCCUCGUACGACACUCUAUCCUCUCCUUCAACAUACAUCUACGCUCGCUAAAUCGCUCUUCUGGCCGCCUUUCGCCGUCACCGACAUCCUCCUUCGCGCUUUCUCCGACGGUCUCUGUCUUCCCCCGAUACCUAGUCGAGACUCCUGAAACGAAAUCGAGUUCGCUACGGUCCAGACCCAUUCUUGCGCAGGUCCUCGAGACUCAAUUGCACAAUUACACCGCUCGGGUUCCAUGCCGCAGCAAUGAAGAGACGGACAUAUCUGUUCUGAACCAAUACUCCGUCACAAGACAUUCUCUUGAGGCCUGAGGACGGACGUCAUUGCAUGCCACAUCGGUCCUCCAAGCCACUCCGUCCACGACGCAAACCCCUACAACAAGGAUGGCCGACCUCUCUCUUGGUCCAUUAAGGAUUGCGAAUCCCGAUGAUGCCUCUCCAGACACUCCCUUACAGCAACACGCUCCUCCGUCCUCGUUCCCAAAAGUGUCUCCUCUCUACGAUGCCAAUGGGAGAAAUGAUUAUCUCUCCGCCGGCGCUGCACGACCUGGAAGUCCCGUAUCUCCCGUGGACACGCCCUUGGAAGGCCUCCCAUCUCAACCUCCGCCAGAAACAUCUUCAUCCGCGCCAUCAACAAUUAACCAGAAUAAUCACCCAGCGGACCGAACCGCUCAGAGGUCAAAUCUCCCCCAUACCUAUCAAGAUCAGCAACAAGCACAAUUUCCCCAAUACCCUACCAUGAUACCUCAAAACCUGCACGAUCCUCGGGCGAACUCGAACUCGAACCGACCCGGCUCUGCAUACUAUACCCAAAUGCCUGCCAACGGUGUUGCUAGUAACGGAGUAUCGAGGCAAGGGUCGUAUAGGGUACGCAGCGACGGUUCUGGCACUUCCGGAUUUCCAGUAAGAACAUCAUCGAAACGCUCGGGCAUGGGCGAAGUGGCCGGGGUGCCGUCAAGAGACGACUCACAUACAGAAAGAGCGUAUGGCCAGGGACAAUAUACCUUGGGCAACGCACCUCUCCCUCCGCGAAAAGCAUCUCGCGGCAUGGGCUCUGCUCGCCUGGGCACUACCCCGACUGGCAAUACACCUCUGUCCACGACUCCGAUCUCGAUACAAACUCCAUUGUCGAGCUCUCCCUACAACCUCGAAGAUCGUCCGUUGACCACCGCGGCUGACGACUGGCAAGAACGAGGAGCAGCUGUGGGGGUCAAGAAAGAGUAUGAUGCAGACGGUCGAGUGUCCCUCAAACCGGUCAAGAAGGGGGUCAAGGAUUUCAACUUUGGAAGGACGUUGGGAGAAGGCUCUUACAGUACGGUGCUUGCAGCUACGGAUCGAUCGAAUGGGAAAGAUUAUGCCAUCAAGGUCCUGGACAAGAGACAUAUCAUCAAAGAGAAGAAGGUGAAGUAUGUCAACAUUGAGCGAGACACACUCAAUCGCUUGACAGAUCACCCGGGUGUGGUUCGGCUCUACUACACUUUUCAAGAUGAGAGGUCGCUAUACUUCGUUCUGGACCUAUGUCCCGGCGGUGAAUUGCUAGGCGUCCUGAAGCGGAUGUCCACGUUCGAUGAGGAGUGCACUCGAUUUUAUGGCGCACAAAUACUUGAUAGCGUCGAGUAUAUGCAUAGCCGCGGAGUCAUCCAUCGAGACUUGAAACCGGAGAAUCUAUUACUGGACGAGAACAAAUACAUCAAGGUGACCGACUUCGGAACCGCCAAACUACUGCCAGAGCGGAAAGAUCUUGAUGGACGGGUUGAUUUUGAGCCGGAUUCGACCAGUUCUUCGGAGAAUAGAGCCAACUCAUUUGUCGGCACUGCAGAAUAUGUGAGUCCGGAAUUAUUGACGGACAAGAACGCCUGCAAAGCCAGCGAUUUGUGGGCAUUUGGCUGUAUUCUCUAUCAGCUGCUUGCUGGUAGGCCACCAUUCAAGGCUGCCAACGACUAUCAGACCUUCCAGAAGAUUGUCAACCUCGACUACGAUUUUCCGCGAGGCUUCCCAGAUCUUGCUCGAGACCUUGUGGAGAGAUUGCUCGUCCUUGACCCACAAAGGCGAUUGUCGCUGGAACAUGCCAAAAACCACCCAUUCUUUGCGGGCAUACAAUGGGGGAAGGCGUUAUGGCAACAGAAAGCACCACGCUUAAAGGCGUACAUGCCUCCGCCGCAACCUCCCAUCAAGCUCAACGGAGGUGGCGGUCAAGACAGCUAUCCCCCAGACAUUGGGCCCACUCAUAGCACGCAAUCGACCAUGCUCCCUCCGAACAAUCAAAAACCACAACCAAGGGUGAUCACUGAAUUACCACCACCGAGUCAACUCGAUAUUGAAUGGUCUCCUGUUCUGACGAGAAACAACGAGAGGAUACUGAAGUUGGGCAAUCUGUCUGUGGUAUCGUCGCCCAACCCUCACAGUCCUCACGGUAGCGAAGGGGGGAAUAAAUUAUCCAGGCUGUUUGGCAGCAGAGAUACCAAGAAGCGACAGAGACUUGUCAUGGUCACAUCGAGCGCUCGAAUUAUUAUAGCCGCAGCUGGGGGCGAGGAGAAGAAGUCCAAGUCAGAGAUCUCGCUACUCUCUCCCGGGGUCGAAUUUUCCAGUGCCACUGAUUCGAAGGGGAUUACACAAUGGAUCGUCAACACGAGAGAUCGACACUUUGUCUUUGAAGACCCGAAACCACCUUCGAACGAACCGAUGGCGACAGCCAUAUCUGCGCAGGAGUGGCUUGAUGCCUUGGCUCGUGCCCGUGAAAUUGCAAUCUCGUUGCAAACCUCGAACAACAACUAUUCGAAUGACGACUCCCUCAAUCUGUCAUCCUCGGCAUUGUCGAGUCAUGCGAGCACCAUGGAUCGGACGACCGACCUCAGUCCACACGCUGCGGGGCAUGGCCAUUCUGGUCGCUCAAUACUGCACAAACAACAGUCUGGAGGCGAUGCCGAAUCACUUAAGGGGAGAAAGCGCUUCAGCAAGCGGCAGUCGAAGAGUGGAUUGACCGCGGUUUUCUGAGGAGCUCAUUGCAUCCUCGUGCGUUGAUCUACUUCUUGAACCAAUUCUUAGCAUAGCGUUGCGAUUGUCGGGGUUUAGUGUGUAUGGCGAUACUGCGUGGGCAGGGCAUAAUGAGUACAUCUGAAGCGCAUUUGGCUUCACUUCCCUGGGGUGCAUUUUGUACGGCAGACUUGAUGGUCAUGGGAUAGCAGCCCUCUCGAAAGAUCUAUACAAGAUAUAUUGGCCUGAAGAAAAAGAUCACCAAACGGCCGAUGGAUCGAAUCAACGUGUUUAAUUUCAGACGAGGACUGAUUGUAAGUGCUCACGUAUUCAUCUACUCAUGUACUCAUGUAAACACUUUGCGAGAGAAAUGUACGAUAUCCGUUUUGCG